AUGUAUUUGAUUGUAUACUUCCAAUGUCCAGGUUUAACAGAACCAGCACCAAGAUGGUGUUACUUUUUAAUUGCAUUCCUUAUCUUUGCAUAUCAAACAUUGGACAAUCUCGAUGGAAAACAAGCGAGAAGAACAAAGAGUUCAUCUCCAUUGGGUGAACUAUUCGAUCAUUGUUGUGAUGCACUUAGUGUUGCUAUGUUUGCAUUGGUUAUGUCAGCUACAGUAAGAGUAGGUCCGAAAUGGGCAUUCGUCAGUUGUAUCGUUGGAUUUUGGCCAUUUUAUUUGGCACAUUGGGAAGAGUAUCAUGCAGGUAUCUUGGUGCUUGGUGAAUUCAAUGGACCAACCGAAGCACAAGUACUGUUCAUCAUUGUCGAAAUCAUCACCGGAAUAUUCACUUCUGACAUCUGGACCUUUGGUUCAGACAAGAUCUCCAUUGGACAGAUACUCAUCAUUUUAGUUUCAUUCGGUGGUUUAUUUACCAUUUAUACAAACUUUAGAAAUACUUUUAAACUACAGAAUAGAAUACCAUUUUAUAAAUGUUUGAUACAAUUAACACCGUUUUGUAUCUUUAAUAUUUUAAUUAUAAUAUGGGCAUCUGUAACACCACUCCUGGAAGAGAAACCACAUCUCUUUAUGAUGACAAUUGGUAUCAUUUUCUCAUACAUACAAUCUAGAUACAUCACACAAAGAGUUUGUCAUGAUGAUUGUAAACUUUUCUAUCCAAUAUUAGUACCAUUAGCAGUUGUAGUAUUAAACUCUGUCUUUGCCAAAGGAGGUGUAAAUAUUAUAAGUGAAUCAAUAUUGUUAUGGGCAUUGUUUGCAUUGGCUUGUGCACAAUUUAUGAUAUUUGCUUAUUUCAAUACUAUGCAGCUAUGUGAACACCUAAAGAUCAGAGUAUUUGUCAUCCCAUAUAACCCAGCUGGAGCAACAGGCGGUGAAAUAUCUUCAUCUCUACUAUCAGCAAUCGAAGAAGGAUCAAUUGAACAUAAUGACGAUGGUGAAUUCAGAAACGAUGAGAAUGAUAAGAUUUAA